UGCCGCCGCCGCACCAUGUCCUGCUUCUCCACCCGCCUUGGCGGCCCCUGCGGGGUCCGCGCCUUUAGCUGCGCCUCCGCCUGCGGGCCCCGGCCCGGACGCUGCUGCAUCACCGCCGCCCCCUACCGCGGGGUCUCCUGCUACCGCGGCCUCACAGGGGGCUUUGGCAGCCAGAGCGUCUGCGGAGCCUUCCGCUCUGGCUCCUGUGGACGCAGCUUCGGAUACCGCUCAGGCGGCGUGUGCGGGCCCAGCCCGCCCUGCAUCACCACCGUGUCCGUCAAUGAGAGCCUCCUCACGCCCCUCAACCUGGAGAUCGACCCCAAUGCGCAGUGCGUGAAGCAUGAGGAGAAGGAGCAGAUCAAGUGUCUCAACAGCAGGUUCGCUGCCUUCAUCGACAAGGUGCGCUUCCUGGAGCAGCAGAACAAGCUGCUGGAGACCAAGUGGCAGUACUACCAGAACCGCAAGUGCUGCGAGAGCAACCUGGAGCCGCUGUUUGAGGGCUACAUCGAGACGCUGAGGCGCGAGGCCGAGUGUGUGGAGGCCGACAGCGGGAGGCUGGCCUCAGAGCUCAACCACGUGCAGGAGGUGAUGGAGGGCUACAAGAAGAAGUAUGAAGAGGAGGUGGCACUGAGGGCCACUGCUGAGAAUGAAUUUGUAGUCCUAAAGAAGGACGUGGACUGCACCUACCUGCGCAAAUCAGACCUGGAGGCCAAUGCGGAGGCCCUGACCCAGGAGAUUGACUUCCUGCGGCGACUGUAUGAGGAGGAGAUCCGUGUCCUCCACGCCCACAUCUCAGACACCUCAGUCGUCGUCAAGAUGGACAACAGCCGGGACCUGAACAUGGACUGCGUCAUUGCCGAGAUCAAGGCUCAGUAUGACGACAUCGCCAGCCGCAGCCGGGCCGAGGCCGAGUCCUGGUACCGCAGCAAGUGCGAGGAGAUGAAGGCCACAGUGAUCCGUCACGGGGAGACCCUGCGCCGCACCAAGGAGGAGAUCAAUGAGCUGACCCGCAUGAUCCAGAGGCUGACCGCCGAGGUUGAGAACGCCAAGUGCCAGAACACCAAGCUGGAGGUCGCCGUGAAGCAGUCGGAGGAGCAGGGCGAGACAGCCAUCAGUGAUGCCCGCUGCAAGCUGGCCGAGCUGGAGGCCGCCCUGCAGAAGGCCAAGCAGGACAUGGCCUGCCUGCUCAAGGAGUACCAGGAGGUGAUGAACUCCAAGCUGGGCCUGGACAUCGAGAUCGCCACCUACAGGCGCCUGCUGGAGGGCGAGGAGCAGAGGUUGUGUGAAGGGAUUGGCGCUAUAAAUGUCUGUGUCAGCAGCUCCCGGGGUGGCGUUGUCUGCGGGGACCUCUGCGUAUCCGGCUCCAGGCCCGUAACCGGCAGCGCCUGCAGCGCCCCCUGCAGCGGGAACCUAGCAGUGAACACUGGAAUGUGCGCGCCCUGCGGGCAGAGCUGUGGCAGUGGCCGCCUGGUGCGGUUUGCCUAGUGCCUCAGUCUUUGUACACACACGCCUCUGCAAACGAACCGAACCGGCCCAACUCCAGCCGCCGGCCCCAGCCCCAGCCCGGCGCUCUGGCAGAGCCUGGACUUGAGCUGGAAGGGCUUCGGGAAGCAUCCCUGCCCUGUCCACACUGCUGCCUUAAUUUCUCGCACCUCCUACCCCCCACUGCUUGUCUCUUCAUUUUUUCCAGGGAGGUCAGCUCUCCGUGCUGGUGUGUCUUGGUAAUUCUCCCCAAAAAGUCUGAAUGACUGGUUUUCUCAAAACCCUGGGCAAAGGUCCAGUCCUGACUGGCUGCCCUGGGAACUGGGACUCCUGUGGCUUCUAAGGGGUGGGUUGGCCCUGGGGCGGGUCUGGUGUGAAAGUGCUGCUGGUGCUGUGCCUCCCCUGCCCUCUAAACCUGUGCACAAUGGCUGAGGUGCAUCUCCCAGGGAACAGCUUUCUUCGGCUGCCUGGGCUCUCGCUCCCUUUCCCUCAUGCUUGGUCUCCAUGUUUCCAAUAAAGCUCAGGGGUCAUAAGUAAUGGCUGGAGACUCCCUGUGAUCUGUGCUUCCACAUGUGGGCUUCCCACCCGGUUUUCACCCCCAAUGGAGGCAACAGGGAAGUUGUUCUCAGCCAGAGAGGCAGGGCGGGCUGUCUCUGGGGCACUCUACCCAGGGUGCCACACUCCUACAUCCUGAAGGGUGCAGGGGCAUCGGCUGGCAGCCCCCAAACCCAGGCACACAGAGGAGCUGGAAGAGAAGUGAGAAGGGCAACAGGGAGGAGCUUUAGCAAGGAUGGGGUGCUGGCUCCCAUGACACCUUGCGUGGGACCCCAUGCUGCUGAGACACCCAUGAUCCACUCCCUCCA